UUCAUUUGUGGUCUAUGCCUUGUACUAGGUCAAAUUAUUCGGUUAGUUGGUGCUGUCUGAAUGUUAAUGUGGGAUAAAUUCACUCUCUGAUUUGGUGAGAUUUGGCGCGUCUUGUGUGAGGACUUACAAAGUAAGCCGACGUAAAAACACAAUCAGUGGCAAAGUCUUGGUUUGAUGUAGCUUGAAGGUAGAGAAAUGGACCAAGAUGACCGCUCUCCACUCAAGCACUUUGUACUGGCCAAAAAGAAGAUAUGUGAAGUUUUUGAGCAGCUGCUUAGCUACGUUGAAGAGGGCUCAAAGUUUGUAAAUGAUACAUGUCGAAAUGAAUCGUUGGAGCAGAUUGCAAAGAGGACUCAGCUGACGGAGAUAGAAGCAUACACUAACAAACUGGAGGUCAUCAAAGAGGUGCUUGCUCGCAGGCAUAUGAAAGUGGCCUUCUUUGGCAGAACAAGCAAUGGCAAAAGCACAGUUAUCAAUGCCAUGCUGCGGGACCGAGUGCUUCCCAGUGGUAUUGGGCACACAACCAACUGCUUUCUCAGCGUUGAAGGCACAGAUGACGACAAGGCUUUUCUGAAGACAGACGGAUCAGAGGAGGAGAAGAGCAUUAAGACAGUCAAUCAGCUGGCCCAUGCACUGCAUAUGGAUGAGAGCCUCGAUGCUGGCUGUCUGGUCAAGGUUUUUUGGCCCAAGACAAAGUGUGCCCUAUUGAGAGAUGACCUUGUUCUCAUGGACAGCCCUGGCACUGAUGUUACUACGGAGCUGGACAGCUGGAUCGACAAGUUCUGUCUGGAUGCAGAUGUGUUUGUGCUGGUGGCCAACUCAGAAUCCACACUAAUGAACACGGAGAAGCACUUCUUCCAUAAAGUGAACGAGCGUCUCUCGAAGCCCAACAUCUUCAUCCUGAAUAACCGCUGGGAUGCUUCAGCCUCUGAACCGGAAUACAUGGAGGAUGUACGUAAGCAGCACACAGACCGCUGUGUGCACUUCCUGGUGGAGGAGCUGAAGGUGGUGGAGCAUGAGCAGGCGUCAAACCGCAUCUUCUUCGUCUCAGCUAAAGAGGUGCUGAACUCCAGAAUGCAGCGGGCCCAGGGUAUGCCAGAGACCGGUGGAGCUUUAGCAGACGGCUUCCAGGAGAGGCUGAAGGAGUUCCAGAAUUUUGAGAGGACGUUUGAGGAGUGUAUCUCGCAGUCAGCAGUGAAAACAAAGUUUGAGCAGCACACAAUCAGGGCAAAGCAGAUUAUUGAAAAUGUCAAAGGCAUCAUGGAUCAAAUCCACAUCGCAGCCUCUAAGAAGAGGGUGGCAUCUAUGGAAGAGCGAGAUUCUCUGAUGGACCAUCUGGAGUUCGUCCGCAAUCAGCUCAACUUCCUCAUUCAGGACAUCAAGAAGAAAAUCAAGAUUGUGACAAAGGAGGUGGAGAACCAAGUGUCUAAUGCCAUGGCAGAGGAGAUCUGUCGACUCUCUGUGCUCAUAGAUGAGUUUUGCUCAGACUUCCACCCAUCCCCCCACGUGCUCAAGAGAUACAAAUCGGAACUGCUCAGUCAUGUGGAGAAAGGCAUGGGGAAGAACCUGGCCUUCCGCUGCUCCGACGCGGUCAACGCUUCAGUGCAGGCCUCUCAGAAAGACAUGAUUGAGUGUUUGCAGCCUCUGCUGCCCCCUGCUGUUCAGAGCCAGAUCCACAUGCUGAUUCCCAACAAGCAGUUCAACCUCAGCUAUGACCUGAACUGCGCCGUGCUCUGCGCUGAUUUCCAGGAGAACAUUGAGUUUCAGUUCUCUCUAGGCUGGACGGCCCUGGUCAGCCGCUUCCUCGGCCCAGCUAAUGCCAAACGGGCCCUUGCACUGGUAGACCAGAACUUAAAGCUCCCACGGUCCGUGGCCACCACCCCAGCUGGUGGCACCAUGGUCCAGGCUCUGCCCCCUCAAGCCCCUGGCACCCCAGGCCAGCCACAGGGGGUGAUGACCCAAGAGGAGUUCAUGGUGUCCAUGGCUACCAAUUUUGCCUCAAUCACGUCACGCACCUCCAUGGGCGUGGUCAUCAUUGGAGGGGUGGUGUGGAGGACGAUAGGCUGGAGAGUCAUCGCUUUGUCGGUGAGUCUUUACGGCUUGCUCUACCUGUACGAGAAGCUCACCUGGACCACCAAGGCCAAGGAGAGGGCUCUGAAGAAGCAGUUUGUGGAUUAUGCUACUGAGAAACUCCACAUGAUCAUCAGUUUCACCAGCUCAAACUGCAGCCACCAGGUCCAGCAGGAGAUGGCCACCAACUUUGCCCGGCUGUGCCAGCAGGUGGACGUGACCCAGCUCGAGCUGGAGCGUGACAUCAGUCGGCUGACCACGAAGAUCCAGCAGUUGGAGGCUGUUCAGAGUUGCUCAAAAGCACUCAGAUACAAAGCCACGGAUCUGGAGACGCAACUGGAGAGCUUCACCAGCCAGUAUCUCCAGCCACAACUCUGAACUGUGGUCCUAUUCACACCAGCAGCUCCUCGGUUACAGCGAUUGUCCUGGCCCCGUGGGAGACGAAGUUCAGGUUGAUUUAAUUGAGUCCACUACGGGGCGCUCACAGGAGACAUGUGGAUAGCUGCACGAGCACUUUAAAGAGGGAUGGCUAAAGAGGGUUGAAAAACAGUUAAGACACAGUUAAACUGUUUAAAUCUAAACGGUUGGUUUUAGAUUUGCUUAUAAUGAAUUAUUUUAGUUAAAUUUGGUUGUGGUGUUUAAGUUAAAUCUGUCAUGAUAUGGUAUUCAGUUACAAAUAACGUAUGAUGGUACUACUGUACACAAAAAUGGCAAAUGAAGUCUUCACGUAGGAGUGGAACGCUGCUAGACAGUUGACUACAUGACACUUGUUCACAAACUAACUAUAAACUGCAUUUAUAGAGAACAAAGCCAAACUACUUUUGUUCAUAUCCAGCUGACAUGAAAUUUGUCUUUUUCAAGCCUUGUUUUAUAAAAAAGCAAAAGCUCAACCAAGUUCAGAAAGUGUUCUCACUAAGGAACUGUAUUUUGUAGCUAGCCUUUCGAUCACAAUUCAUGUUUUCUAUAUAUUGGAAACCUUUCUAUGAUUCUGAACCAUUGUAAAAACUUUCUUCGACAUGUCUUUGUUUAAAAAAUAAAUAAAUUAAAUGCCUCAUCACUCAGUUUUACAAAAGAAAAUGCAAAUAAAUAUUACAUGGUUACAUUGAUGCAUAUUAA